AUUUGACACUUUCUUAUGCGAGUCUAACAUUUUUCGUGCUGACUUUAAAACUGCUGUAAUGAAGAAUGAUUCCCAAUUUUUCUUCUUUUGCCUAAAUGAAGACCGAUUAACCUGAAUUUGACAUUUUAAAAAAAGAGGGUUUGUUGUUUUGUGGUUUUUGCGAGAAAAAAAAAAUCAAGAUUUUUUUUUCUUCCUCCUCUUCCCUCCCGUGAUCUUGAAACCUCUUUGCAGCCAAAGGGGGCUUCCAGUGUAUUGCGUUCCUAGUCCUUUUUGACAGCAUAGAGGUUAAUGAGUGCGUCAGUCGCCUGCUGUUGCCUAUGGUAGUACGAAGUAUGACUUGCAAGCUGCCCAGAGUAGGUGUUUAUUAAUGCUGAAUUGGCUUGUGGUGUAGCCCAUCUGGACUAUAAGAGACGCUGCAGAUUUCUUGUGAUGUUAAGAUGUCCAUACCGUUUGGAAAGGAUGUUUGCUGGAGACAGGCUGAGAGAUACACUAUGAAUCCGUCCCUUUUACAUGCAUCUGCUGCCGCUAAUGACUUACAAGGCUGCUCAUUUAGGAUAAUUAGCACCAUGGAACCUCAGGUGUCGAAUGGCCCAACUUCCAAUACGAGCAAUGGACCAUCCAGUAAUAGUCGAAACUGUGCUUCUCCUAUGCAGACAGGGGCAGCUACAGAUGACAGCAAAACUAACCUCAUAGUCAACUAUUUGCCGCAAAACAUGACACAAGAAGAGUUCAGGAGUCUGUUUGGCAGCAUUGGAGAGAUAGAAUCGUGCAAGUUGGUGCGGGACAAAAUCACAGGCCCACAUUUGGAGGAACACUUGAAGGAUUUAGCUACUGGCACAAAAUGGAAAUCCCUUACUGAAGAGGGCCCUAUCUUUGGGAAAGGACAGAGCCUAGGAUAUGGAUUUGUUAAUUACAUUGAUCCAAAGGAUGCAGAAAAAGCCAUUAACACUUUAAAUGGACUCAGACUACAAACCAAAACCAUCAAGGUUUCCUAUGCCCGGCCCAGUUCCGCAUCAAUCCGUGAUGCUAAUUUAUAUGUCAGCGGCCUUCCAAAAACCAUGACGCAGAAGGAACUGGAACAAUUAUUUUCACAGUAUGGACGCAUCAUCACCUCAAGAAUCUUAGUGGAUCAAGUUACAGGUGUGUCUCGGGGAGUCGGAUUUAUUCGUUUUGACAAGAGAAUAGAGGCCGAGGAAGCCAUAAAGGGUUUGAACGGACAGAAGCCAAGUGGAGCAACAGAACCGAUUACUGUGAAAUUCGCCAACAACCCCAGUCAGAAAACCAGCCAAGCGCUACUUUCCCAGCUCUACCAGUCCCCCAACAGGCGCUAUCCAGGCCCUCUCCACCACCAGGCACAGCGGUUCAGUGAUAGGUGUACAAGGUCCUGUGGGAAUGAGAAGAGGACACUCAGGGAGGAGAAACACGAAGGGCGCACUAGAUGUUGUGAGAAGCUGGACAAUUUGCUUAAUAUGGCCUAUGGCGUUAAGAGGUUUUCUCCAAUCACUAUUGAUGGAAUGACAAGCCUGGUUGGAAUGAACAUCCCUGGGCACACGGGUACAGGCUGGUGCAUCUUUGUUUACAACCUCUCUCCCGACUCAGAUGAGAGUGUCCUCUGGCAGCUUUUUGGCCCAUUUGGGGCAGUCAACAACGUCAAAGUCAUCCGUGAUUUCAACACCAACAAAUGCAAGGGAUUUGGCUUUGUCACAAUGACCAAUUAUGAUGAAGCAGCUAUGGCUAUUGCCAGCCUUAAUGGAUACCGCCUGGGAGACAGAGUUCUGCAGGUUUCCUUUAAAACCAACAAAACCCACAAGUCUUGAAUUUCUAGCCUAACUACAUCAACCUGAAAACAAAAAUUCUGUUCACGAACAAAAAGAAGAUGGAAAAUAAAAAUAAAAAAAUACAGACUUUCAAUGGCUUAUAACCAACCAUGGACUUUAUAAGCCAAUGUUGCCUAAGUAUUACCAUUGGAUAUCCUGUGAUAAACCGGAAAGGAUUUUAUAAUGCUUAGAAAAAAAAGAAAAUAAGAAAAAAAACUUUGAUGCAUUGAAUGUUCUUUCAUAGCUGUUGUCGUUGAAUAUAAUAUACAUAGAUUACAAUGAGCAGGGCUUUUUUAACCCAGCCGGCUAGUUUUACACCUUCUUUGAAGGUGGCUGUUUUUAAAAUGACCAUGAGUUCAUUUGAAGAAGUAAAAAAAUAAAAAUAAAAUAAUUUAAAAAAAACUUGAAAAAAAAACAAUUUUUACAAAUGUAACACUAUAAAGAAAAGAAAAAAGUGUGUUUUUUUCUUUUCUUUUUCAGCUUUCUUUUCUGUUCACUGAAUGAAUCCUUUCAGAUUGGUGACCGGUUCCCCUUUCCUCCUUUCCAGACGUCUUUUUAGUGUUGGAAUAUAGCAAAGGUUCUGACACUCAAAGGGCACUUAAAAAAAAAAAAAAGAAAAAAAAGGAAAAGAAACAAUAUAGUAAGUUUGUGCAAAAAGGGAACAAAAAAAAAUGACUUUUGCAUUUCAAUUGUAUUGUUUCUUGACUUAGGUGUUGAAAGGAGAUUUCCGAGGGGACCAUGAAGGUCAGAAAACCUGAUGACGCAAAACAAUUUAAAUAAAUGAACAAUGUUGCCAAAGAGUUUGUCUCUUUGCUGAAAAUGGGUUUCCAGAAAAAUCUAUUUUUAUAAAAUAUAAAGAAUUUUUACAAGAGAAUCUGGAUUUGAGAAAAAAAUAAAAUAAUAUUUUGACUGGCUAAUUUAGGGGAAAAUUGACAACUUUGUCAUUCAUACUGCACUGGUAACUUUUUAGAGAACAAGAUAUGUUUUAAAUUGGAUAGGUAGAAUGUUUUUUGAGAGAUGGGUUACAAACAGUUGGUCUUCGUAUCUUUUCAUAGCAUAAUGCAAACUAUACUAUUGAGUGAGGGAGAGUGUACUACACAGGUCCCCAAAAACCACACAGUCAAAACCCAAAUCAAGCAAGAGGUGCAUUGCAAGACAAUUUUUUUCUUUAAGUCAUCAGUAUGGGAUAUCUGCAGAACAAAAGAAAACUUACUUAUUUUUUGGUUUUGGGUGGGGCAAAAACUUCCUUAGUUUGAGCUGUAGGUGCUACAAAAUCAUUUACAUAUCUUAGUAUCAUAGUUAAAUGUAAUGUGUUUAGAAUAAUAAAAGGAAACAUUUGCUUUAAAUUUGUUAAAAAAAAAAAAGUUUUCGAGUUCACUUUACGGCCCUCUCCAAUAUAACAGGGCUGCGUUGGCACAUUUUAAAACACUGUUUUAUGUUGCUUGCAACACGUAUUUAUUUAAUUGCUGAUGUAAUGCAUUUGGCCAAUAUCAAUUAUAGCAGGUUUGGCUAGUCUAUUUAUUUGUUUACUUAAACUAUGGGAAGAAGCAUAUUAUUGUGUCAUUUCUUGUGUGUGUACGUGUAUAUAUAAUAUAAAUAUAUAUAUAUAAAGUUAUUUUCUUUUUUUGAAUUUUUGUUAAUUUAUUAUUAAGUUGUACUCCUUUGCUAGUUCUGUUUGUAUAUGUCUUAAAAUGUUUUUCUUAUAAUACUUGAUUGACAAGCGUAUCAAGGUAACUUGUGUAGAAAUAUUGUUUGAUAUGUUGUCAUGUUUGUCGUGAAUAUUUUUUCUUAAUGCACAGUAGAAACAAACAAACGAGAAAAAAACAAACAAACAAACAAAAAACUGGGUCUUUAUUUUUAAUGUUCUUCUGAUGGAUACAAGAACAGAGCUAUGGGCUAUAGAUGAAGGAAGAAUCGGCUCUCCCACAUCCAGUGCACUGAUAAUUUUAGUAUGUUUGUGCUCUGUACCGUUCUAUAUUUUAAAAAAUAAAACAUAAUAAAAAAUGUUCUGCUCUUCCCUGAGUACUAGGAAAAGUUACUCGCUAUGCAUAAUCUAGUUGAUAGUUAAAAUUUGCUAUUGCUUUUUCUUGUCUUGUUAUAUCAAAUCUUUUCAAUACAAGUUUAGUCUUAAUGGUAAUAAAACGUUGUUAUGGUUAUAUAUAA